AUGGAACACAAGACUCUGAGGUACCAGCUCAGAGUCAAACCAGAGAUGAUAUCUACUGCUCUGGCAUCCAACUUCGAGACCAUUACAGAACAGACCAUCGAGAACCUGGGCAGUGCCAGUGCUGGGCUGACCACGAAUCAGAUCUCCUCAGCUCCACCUUCAGUCCUGGUUUCCUCCCUGUCCACCCUGAGUACAGUCAGCACAUGGAACCAGCAGCAGGCCAGCACCAUCAUCCAGACCAUUACUGCCGGAGGUUUCCAGAUCAGCAGUGCAUCCUCCCUGCAAUCCCUUGGCACCCUUGUUGGUGGCCUCCCUUCAUCAACAAUCCAAAGCAUUGCACCUGCUGAGAUACUCACCACUUCCCAGAGCACCAGCUUUGUUUCCAACAUGCUGGCAGCCCCACAGAUUGUCCAAGAAACCUAUGUAAACCAGAUCAUUGCCAUUGACCAAAGCCCAGCCAGCGUGGUGCAGAAUGUCCCUGAUGCUAUGGCAAGCCAAAUCCCACUGUCCCUGCUGUUAUUCUCUGCGGAGACGGUGGACGUGAGUGUGAUCAACAAAAAGACUUGGAAGCAAGAUCAGGCUAUCGUGUUGUUUGACGCAGUUGCAAGCACAAGCUUCAAUACUGAGGAGCUUUCUCCAUCUGUGCUGCAAGGUUUCUCCUGCUCUUCAAUCCAGGGCUUGACAACCCGCAGGAUCCAGAGUCUGGUCUUUGCCAGUAGAAACAGGCAAGGCAGGGCCAAGGUGGUGUUCAAGGAAACCCAGCUGACUUGCAUGUACAAUCUGCUGAGAGGAAACCUCUCCCAGAAAUUCACAGACUAUCCCUCAGACAUGCUUCUUUACUUUGGCGACAACAACGUUGACACAAGCAAUUGCAGGUCAUACUUUACCGCACUGGGUGCUGCAGACUUCACUGUGCUCUCUAGCGUGUUGAACAGGGAGUCACUUCUGCUGAACAACGCCAGGAGCUGUUUGGGUAUAAGUGGUGUGAGUCUGAGCAGAAAUAAUGUGGAGGUGCUUGGGAACAUGGCCUGCACUCUGCAAAGCUCCUACAUCGAGAGCUCUGAUCCUCUAAUCCUGGAGAAACUCAAGGCCUGCAAGAAUUUCUCUGGUAGCCAGGUCACUGCCAUGGAGACGCUGCUGCUGUCUGGGAAAACUCGUUACGGAAACACCACUACCUGGAACCUGCAAACACUCAAGAACCUCGGGACCCUGCCUCUGUACUUGACUAACAAUUUCUGGGUUGUUUUCAGAAGGACGGUAAAGAAAAGGUUUCUCAAGUCUUUUAUGCCCCAGCUGAGGCGUGAGAAGGUACAAAAGAGGAAGCUCAAGGCACUGUUUAAGCAGAUCAGCGUCGUUAGGACAAAACGAGGAGCAGGCUGCACGGUGGGCAACAUCACCCAUGUGACGAUUAGCGAUCCCUCCUUCCCCUUUGGCUAUGAUUCGACCCAGUUUGACCUCUGCCUGGAUGUCCCUGUUGUGAAGAACAACCUCAACACUAUCACUGAGAAAGUGGAUGACGACGACUUCCAGAAAGUCAUUCUGGUGAAACUAAACCAGGCAUACCCAUCAAGCAUUCCUGAUGAACAAGUUCAGCUGCUCAGAUCUGUGUCCCGUGUGGCAUUGCUUAAUGACAUCUUCAAGUGGAACGUCACCAGAAUUGACACCCUGGCAGCACUCAUGGACUCUAAUGAUGGACCAUGGGCGGCAGCAGAGAGCAAGGAAAUCAUCACCAAGUAUCUGAGCGUUUCUGGCAACUCCCUGGGCAGCUCUGAACUGAAUGCUAUUGGCUCUAACCUGUGUUCACUAAACACUAGCACACUGAGGACCAUCACCCCAGACAGCAUCAGAAAUGCCAACCCCGUGGAUGUGGCCUCGUGUUCAGCUGAGCAGAAGAGAGUCCUGUAUGAGAUCAGGAACUCCUCCUUGAGCUCACAGAGUGCCAGUCCCACUGCUUAUUACCAUUUGAUCAGCCCCUACCUGGGCGGUGCACCUUUAUCGGAUAUAGUAGCACUGUCAGCACAGAACAUCAGCAUGGACAUUGCCACUUUCCAGAACCUGGACCCUGAUGUGAUCAAUAAUCUGACUGUGAGCCAAGUGAGAAACCUCAUUGGUAACAACCUGCCAGACCUGAAGAUGUUUGAGAAUGUGACAGCAGUUAAUAUCUGGGUGAACCUGCAGCAGCAGUCAGACCUUGACACACUGGGUCUGGGCCUAGUCACCUCCAGAGUCUCCAACACUCCUACUAUUACUCCACAGCCGACUACUCCGACUACUCAAAAGCCGACUACUCAAAAGCCGACUAUUCCACAGCCAACUACUCCAAGUACUCCACAGCCGACUACUCCAACUACUCCACAGCCAACUACUCAGACUACUCAAAAGCAGACUACUCAAAAAACGACUCAACAACACAAGCUACGCCAAAAACGACUCAACAGCAAGCUACACAAAAAACGACUCAACAGCAAGCUACGCAAAAACCUACUCAACAGCAGCAAGCUACGCAAAAAACGACUCAACAGCAGCAAGCUACGCAAAAAACGACUCAACAGCAGCAAGCUACGCAAAAAACGACUCAACAGCAAGCUACACAAAAAGCUACUCAACAGCAGCAAGCUACUCAAAAAGCUACGCAAAAAGCUACGCAACAGCAAGCUACGCAAAAAGCUACGCAACAGCAAGCUACUCAGAAAGCUACGCAAAAAGCUACACAACAGCAAGCUACUCAAAAAGCUACACAAAAGGCUACGCAACAGCAAGCUACGCAAAAAGCUACGCAACAGCAAGCUACUCAAAAAGCUACGCAACAGCAAGCUACGCAACAGCAAGCUACGCAAAAAACUACUCAACAGCAGCAAGCUACGCAAAAAACUACUCAGCAGCAGCAAGCUACUCAACAAGCUACACAGCAGCAAGGUGGUACCACAAGCAGAGGAGCAGGGCUCGCAAGACACCCAGCGUCCAUAUGCCUGGCUGUUUUACUUACCAUCGCCUUGA